AUGUCGUCCGAGGCGCCCCAGACCAAGAAGUUCCAGAAGGGAGAGCGGACCAUCACUCCCGCCUCGCAAAAGGCCAGCAAGUACUACCCAGCCGAAGAGGAGACUCAGGCACGCAAGGUACGACUAUGCGCGAAUGAUAUACAACCCGAAGGAGGUGGAAUUGCGAAUGGCAACGGAAUUGACACACGGAGAGUUGAAUUGGCAUGAGAAACGUACACUAACACGAUGGUGAUAUGCAGACCCGCAAGACCGUCCGCCCAUACAAGCCGCGUGCCUCGCUCCAGCCUGGCACAGUCCUCAUCCUCCUCGCUGGCCGCUUCCGGGGCAAGCGUGUUGUCCUCCUCAAGACCCUCCCACAGGGCGCUCUCCUCGUUACCGGCCCAUUCAAGCUCAAUGGCGUCCCGCUCCGCCGUGUUAACGCCCGCUACGUGAUCGCCACCAAGACAUCCAUCUCUCUCGAUGGCAUCGACGGUGCCACCAUCGACAAGGCCAGCGACGAGAAGUACUUUGCGCGGGACAAGAAGGCAGACAAGAAGGGCAGUGAAGAGGCUUUCUUCAAGCAGGCCUCCGGCGAGAAGCCAGAGAAGAAGGAGAUCUCGAGCGCUCGCGCCGAGGACCAGAAGAAGGUUGACAAGGCUCUGUUGGCCGCUAUCAAGAAGGACCGGGAGCUUCAGGGCUACCUCAGCACCAACUUCAGCCUGCGGAAGGGCGACAGGCCGCACGAGAUGGUCUUCUAG